GCAUCAAAGAAGGCUUAGAAAAUAGAAAAAAAAUGGUGAAGUAUUGUAUUGUAUAGAGAUUAGAAGAAAGUUGGAGAAGCAAAGGAAGAAAGGGAAUGGACAGGAAUCUCUGGUAACACAAUUUUUUUUUAUCGUCAAACCUUUGGAACGUCCCUUUCCAAGUUUCUCCCAUGCCCAUGGUGGCUACCAUUCUUAAUUCAUACAUACUCUUCACAAUUUCUCACUUCUUUUCCCCCAACGCGGAAUCCCCAUUUCUCCUCUUCUCUUCUUCCUUCUUUUAAAAACCCUCCCUUUUCCAAUUCACUCUUCUUCUGUUUUUCAACUCAGAUUUUCAUCUCGGGUCUCUUUAUUCUUCCAAUUUUUUUUUUUUUGUUUUCGGUUCUUUGUUGCGAUUUACCCACUCCGGUUUAACCCCCUCCCGGCCAGAGAUCAAAUCUUUGAUUAAGGAAUAAAGGGGUGUAGACCCUAUUGGAUUUUUCUCUUCUAUUCCUCCUUUUUCUGUGUUUUCUUGACUUUCAGGAACCCUAGAUAUUUGGGGCUUGCUCUAAUUUUAUUGUUUAUGGCUGCCGCUGCGAUUUUUUCGUCUUUACGAAGGAGGAGAUCGCCGUCUUUGGAGGCUUUUUUGGCCCCCGUUGACCUAUCCGAUGUGGCUUUAGUUCAAACCUUGACGAUAGUGGCGACGGAGCUUGUUUCUCGAUUUUCAGACAAGUCUUUCUUCUUCCAGCGUAGGAAUUCGCGUUCUCUUAUAAGAAAAUUGGAGGUUUGUCUAGUCUUUUUGGAGUUUUUGAAGGAAACUGACGCCAAUUUGCCUCACACCGCUUUACUCUGUUUGAAGGAGCUUUAUUUGUUGUUGUAUCGGUCUAAGAUACUUCUUGAUUAUUGCUCUGAAUCUAGUAAGUUGUGGUUGUUACUUCAGAACCACUCGAUUUCGGGGCAUUUCAAUGAUUUGAAUUUGGAGUUGUUGACAUUUUUUGAUGUUUUUCCUAUUGAGGAAGUUGAAUUGGGGGCGGAUGUUAGAGAGCAGGUUGAGCUUUUGCAGAAGCAGUUGAGAAGGACUAGACUGUUUGUUGAUGAACGUGAUGAGGUUUUGAGGACUCGUUUCCUUUCUUUUCUUGAUGAGUUUGAGAACGGGAGGCUUCCCAAUCCUAGGGAAAUGAGGGAGUUUUUUGUGGAUAAGUUGAAGAUUUGGAAUGCGAAGAGUUGUAGAGCUGAAAUUGAGUUCUUGGAGGAGCAGAUUGUCAAUCAUGAGGGUGAUAUUGAGCCCACGGUGGCGGUGUUGAACGGUUUUGUUGCUCUUACUAGAUAUAGUAGGUUUUUCCUCUUUGGAUUUGAGGAAGAUGAUGUUGAUUCAGGCACAUCAAAUCAGAAAAAGCUAAAGAAGAACUUGAUUACUCAGGAGAUUGCUGAGACGUUUCUAACAAUUCCGAGGGACUUCUGCUGCCCAAUAUCACUGGAUUUGAUGAAAGAUCCUGUGACCAUUUCUACAGGUCAGACAUACGAUCGCAGCUCGAUUACUAGAUGGAUGGAAGAAGGGCACAACACUUGUCCAAAGACGGGGCAAAUGCUUAUUCAUACCCGCCUCGCUCCCAACCGCGCAUUAAGGAAUUUGAUUGUGCAGUGGUGCAUUGCACAUGGAGUUCCUUAUGAUCCACCAGAUGGGAUGGAUGCAUCUUCAGAGAGCUAUGCAAUUGCUUCUCCCACACGAGCUGCACUAGAAGCCAAUAGAGCAACAGCUAUGAUCCUUAUUCAACAGUUAUCCAUCGGAUCACAAGAUGCAAAGACGAUUGCUGCUCGUGAGAUUCGUUUGUUAGCCAAAACAGGGAAAGAGAACCGUGCUUUCAUUGCAGAAGCCGGUGCCAUCCCCCAUCUUCAAAAGUUGCUGGCUUCCCCAAACGCAGUUGCACAGGAGAAUUCUGUAACUGCUAUGCUUAACCUCUCCAUAUAUGACAAGAACAAAAGUUUGAUAAUGAGUGAGGUAGGGUGUUUAGGAGCAAUAACCGAUGUGUUAAGAUUUGGACACAGUACAGAAGCACGGGAAAACGCCGCAGCUACGUUAUUCAGCCUGUCUGCAGUUCAUGACUACAAGAAGAGAAUAGCAGAAGAAGGUGGUGCAGUUGAAGCCUUGGCAGGGUUGUUGAGAGAUGGUACCCCAAGAGGAAAGAAGGAUGCUGUAACAGCUUUAUUUAAUCUCUCAACCCACACGGAUAAUUGUGUUCAGAUGAUAGAGGCCGGGGCAGUAACAGCUCUUGUAGGAGCAUUGGGGAAUGAAGGUGUUGCUGAGGAAGCAGCCGGUGCAUUGGCUUUGAUUGUUAGACAGCCCGUUGGGGCCGAAGCAGUUGCCAAACAGGAGAGAGCUGUAGCAGGAUUGAUAGCAAUGAUGCGAUGUGGUACGCCGAGAGGUAAAGAGAAUGCAGUAGCAGCUUUGCUCGAGUUAUGCCGAAGUGGUGGAGCUGCCACAACCGAACAAGUGUUCAAGGCUCCGGCUUUGGCUGGCUUGCUCCAAACACUCCUAUUCACCGGUACAAAGCGAGCGCGAAGAAAGGCUGCUUCACUAGCUAGAGUGUUCCAAAGAUGUGAGCAUGUCACAAUGCAUUACGGCGGAUUAGGGGUUGGUUAUGCCUAUGCAAGUAACUCAGCUUCAAACAGAGAAACAAACUUCGCUAGCGAGGUGUCUGUGCCAAUAUCUAUCUCGGUACCUGUCGUAUAAUCACACCGUUCACCAUUCUCUUCGUCUUCACACUAAAUAUGAGUUCCCCAAUUUUGUUCAAAGGUUAACCAAUUCUUUAAUUGAAAGAUGGAAGGAUUAAUGGCACAACCAUGUCCAUAUUUUAUGAAACAAUGGUUGCUAUUAAUCAUGUAAUCUACUCCUCAUUUUAAAUACUUGUAUUGUAUCCUUGCUGUGAUAGAAAACAUUUAUUGGCAAAAAUGGAGUCUCUGAUCCAAAAUUCAUCACUUUGACCCUAAAAAUUGGAUAUCCUCUUUCCAUUGCCAUCCAAAAAGUACAAAUAUUUGGAAGUUUGGUUUGAACAUGGGUAUCUUCCAAUGGCAUCAAUUUAUCAAACAGCUCUUUGUGUU